AUGGCCUCUCGUCCUCUUGCAUCUUGUUGCUUUAAGGGUGUCAAGCAUGAAGGCGAGACUACUGGAAAGUCUUUCAAAAUUGGCAACUACGAUGCGUAUCUCGCAACUCCUAAAGAUACCAAUAACCAUCAAGGCGCCGGUAUUUUAUAUCUUAGUGAUGUAUUCGGCAUCUGGACCAAUUCGCAGCUGUUGGCUGAUCAAUAUGCGGCAAAUGGCUACACAACUUUGAUCAUCGACAUUCUCAACGGAGAUGGAUUGACGGAGAUCCCUGGUCAUAACUUUGACUGGAUGAAAUGGUUGAUGGGUGGCUUCCGAAAUGAUUCCACUCCUCAUACUAAUGAAUAUGUGGAUCCCGCUGUCGAAGAAGCAAUAAAAUACAUGAGGAUUGAGCUAAACAUUACUGCAAUUGGUGCAGUUGGAUAUUGUUUUGGAGCAAAGUAUGUUGCUCGUCACUCUGGCGCAGAAAAGAUUAACGUUGGCUAUAUGGCUCACCCUUCCAACGUUGAUGACGAUGAGAUUAAAGGCUUUCAAGGUCCUCUAUCUAUAGCGGCCGCUGAGUAUGACGACCUUUUCCCACAAGAGCUGCGCUACAAGACGGAGAAUCUUCUCAAGACGAAAAGCUUUCCAUACCAAAUCAAUUUAUUCUCCGGCGUCUCACAUGGCUUUGGUGUUCGUGGUGACUUGAGUAAUCCGGUUUUCAAGUGGUCUAAGGAGCAAGCGUUUUUCCAGGCUAUUGCUUGGUUUGAUCAAUAUCUUAAUAAAGGUCCUCUCGUCUAA